CAAAGCCAUUGUCCGGCCAAUGGAUAUCCAGGCAUCCCACGCCCUGAUGAAGAUCUGCCUCAAAGCUGCCUUGAUCUGGAUCGUCUCCAUGCUGCUGGCCAUCCCAGAGGCUGUGUUUUCUGACCUCCAUCCCUUCCACGAGGAAAGCACUAACAAGACCUUCAUUAGCUGUGCCCCAUACCCACACUCAAAUGAGCUACACCCCAAAAUCCACUCUACAGCUUCCUUUCUGGUCUUCUACAUCAUCCCACUGUCAAUCAUCUCUGUCUACUACUACUUUAUUGCCAAAAAUCUCAUCCAGAGUGCUUACAAUCUUCCUGUGGAAGGCAAUAUACACGUCAAGAAGCAGAUCGAAUCGAGGAAGCGGCUUGCCAAGACGGUGCUGGUGUUUGUGGGCCUCUUCGCCUUCUGCUGGCUCCCCAACCACGUCAUCUACCUGUACCGCUCCUACCACUACUCUGAGGUGGACACCUCCAUGCUCCACUUUGUCACCAGCAUCUGUGCCCGCCUCCUGGCCUUCACCAACUCCUGCGUGAACCCCUUUGCCCUCUACCUGCUGAGCAAGAGUUUCAGGAAACAGUUCAACACUCAGCUCCUCUGCUGCCGGCCGGGCCUGAUGAACCGAUCCCACAGCACCGGCAGAAGUACCACAUGCAUGACCUCGUUCAAGAGCACCAACCCCUCCGCAGCCACCUUCAGCCUCAUCAAUGGAAACAUCUGUCAUGAGGGGUACGUCUAGACUAAGCCUGGGUCUUGCCUCCCUAGUGACUCCUGUUUUUGCUUCACGGCUGGCCAAGAGCCCUUGAAUCUGUUGUUGUUUGUGUACUCUCCAAAGACCCUCCAGGAGUCUGGGUGGUGUAGUUGGGUGGGGGAGCAGCCCAAAUGGG